AUGAGUGCCGCCAACGGUCGACAACCGGAAGUGCAGCCGUGUCGAUACAAAGUCGGCAAGACUUUGGGCGCUGGUUCAUACUCGGUCGUUAAGGAAUGCGUACACAUAGACACCGGUCGCUACUAUGCGGCCAAGGUGAUUAACAAGCGCCUGAUGGCCGGCCGGGAACACAUGGUUCGCAAUGAAAUCGCCGUGCUCAAGAAGGUGUCCAUGGGCCACCAGAACAUCCUGACCCUCGUCGACUACUUCGAGACCAUGAACAACCUCUACCUCGUCACCGACCUCGCCCUCGGCGGCGAGCUCUUCGAUCGCAUCUGCCGCAAAGGCUCCUACUACGAAUCCGACGCCGCCGACCUCAUCCGCGCCACCCUGUCCGCCGUCGCCUACCUGCACGACCAUGGCAUCGUCCACCGCGACCUCAAGCCCGAGAACCUCCUCUUCCGCACGCCCGAGGACAACGCCGACCUGCUGAUCGCCGACUUUGGUCUCAGCCGGAUCAUGGACGAGGAGCAAUUCCAUGUCCUGACCACCACCUGCGGCACACCCGGCUACAUGGCCCCAGAGAUCUUCAAAAAGACCGGCCACGGCAAGCCCGUCGACAUCUGGGCUUUGGGAGUCAUCACCUACUUCCUGCUGUGCGGCUACACCCCCUUCGACCGUGACUCGGACUUUGAGGAGAUGCAGGCCAUCCUCAAUGCCGAUUACUCCUUCACCCCACUCGAGUACUGGCGCGGCGUCUCGGACAACGCCAAGGACUUUAUUCGCAGGUGCUUGACUAUCGACCCGGCCAAGCGCAUGACCGCCCACGAGGCACUGCAGCACCCCUUCGUUGCUGGCUGGGCCCGCGGAACCGAUGGUGCGGAGGCCGAUAAGGGCGCUAACCUGCUGCCGACCGUCAAGAAGAACUUUAAUGCGAGAAGGACGCUGCAUGCGGCUAUCGAUACAGUACGUGCUAUUAACAAGCUGCGUGAGGGCCAGUUCAUGAACGGCGGAAGGAGCCGUGAGCCCGCGAAGAAAGCGGCAGCGGGUGCGGGUGCGGUGCCCCCAGCAGCAGGAGGUGGAGGAGGAGGCCCAGGAGUGGAUGACGGAUUGGCGGUAGCGCUCGGCCCAACGCUCGGGAAGGAGGCGAGCAUGGUGUCAACGGCGAGCAGCAAUGUCACCAAGGACAGCGGCUACGCGACGCAGCCGGAAGGGGAGGGAGGCUCUAGAGACGGGGACGAUGUUCUUAUGAAGGAUGCGUCGGUGCCAGCGCCAACAUCAUCAUCGCCAGCGCCGGUGCAUGGGAACACACAGAUUGCACAGCAUGCGGGGGUGCCGAGUAUCCUACGGCCGGGCAGUAUCGAGAAUAAGGUUGUCGAGACUGGUAAAGGCUUGUGGAAUGGGACUAGUGUUAAGCGAUGA